AUGAUACUAAAAUAUUAUGUUAUAUUAACAUGUCAUUCUUCUAGUUCUAAGUCUUUGCAUUCGUAUACUUCUUCUAUCCCAUUCUUCAAUGGCACCAACUUCUCAGAAUGGAAAGAGAAUGUUGAGUUCACUUUGGGUGUGCAGGAUAUUGACCUUGCUCUCCUAAUUGAAAAGACAAUUAUGAAUGAUAAGAGUACCCCUGAAGAUAAGGAUCUCUUAAAAAAAUGGGAGAGAAGUGACAGACUGAGCAUACAGAUGAUGCGAAUGCACAUUGAUGCAAACAUUAAAGGAUCGCUUCCCGAACCUAAAAAUGCUAAAGACUUUAUGGAAAUCGUAAAGGAACGCUUUAAGACAGCGGACAAGUCUCUAGCUGGGAAGUUGAUGGCUGAUCUGACAACCAUGAAGUAUACCGGUGUCAGAUCAAUGCACCAGCACGUGAUAGAAAUGCGUAGCAUUGCUGCUAAGCUUACUAAGAUGAAAUUAACUGUGGAUGAGAACUUUCUUGUCCAAUUCAUUCUCAACUCGCUCCCACCCCAAUAUGUUGUUUUUCAAGUGCAUUACAACACUAUUAAGGAAAAGUGGACUAUAAAUGAAUUGGCAAACAUGUUGGUUCAAGAGGAAGCUAGGCUAAACCAGCAAGGUCUUAAUCAAGCGCAUUUUGUCAAUUGA